AUGCGCGGAUCAUCUCGCGAGAUUACAAGGGAUUUCUUUUCCACGUGAAAAACACGAGACUUUUUUAAUUUUUAUUUUUGUGUGUGUGUAAUUAAGGUACAAUAACACGUUAAAAGUUCAAGAUUAAGCAGUCCAGUCAUGUCAUUUUCAUAUAAAUGAAAUAAAUACUUAAAAUGACGUCACUGUCAUGUUUACUUAAGUUGAACUCGUGAGCAGAUUUAUGUUUUCUGUGACCUUUGUCACACCACAGCUUCCUUCCUCAGUCACAGGGUCUCUGCAGACCUGCUUCCUUGUUCACAGCAAAGAUGACAAGAAACACGGCAGUUUUUAUGGUUGUCUGUGGAUUUGUGUUCAUUCAUUCAUCUGAAUCAGCUGGUGUGACAUGCAGAGGGAGGUGUGGGACGGUUCUGCAGGAAUGCUCCUGCCGUGCCGCCUGCACGUCUAUGGGGAACUGCUGCGCAGACUUCCACCUGUCCUGCAUCCAGGUGUCUCCUUACUCCAGCUGCAUGCUGGGAGGAAGAGCUCUCCGGAUCCUCCACCUGGACCCUCAUCCUGGGGGGAGCCUCUCCUGCAGGUUCAAAGGAGACAUUGAGCGGAAAGGGUUUGUGGAUGAAGACCUGGGGCCGUUCUGCGUCUCCCCGCUGCUGUUUGAGACGGGCUGGAUCCAGUUUGACAUCUCGACCGAUGGAGGCGACUAUAACAGAUCAGGAGAGUAUUUAUCAGUCCAUCCCAGCAGAGCAGACUCGAGGCUUCAGGUCAGGCUGGAGGAUGCAGGACGAUGGCAGAACUACAGCGAGCCGGGGCAGCUCCAGAUGACGUGGGACCGCUCUUUGCUCCGAGCGGAGAAGGUCAACAUAGAGCUGUGGGGUUACAGGGAGGUCAAGCUGAGCUCGGGGGCAGAGAACGCUUCCACCACAGCCCAGCUCAGCUACCUGUACUCUAUCGGCAGAAACGUCUCGAAUUCGGGGGACUUCCGGUUCACUCCGGAGCCCAGAGCGGAUUUUUCCAGCUGGGAGCUGGGGAACAUCCGGAUCACCAGCAGUUUUCAGCUGGAGGGGGAGAGGGACGUGGAGGGGCUCUGGAGUCCGGGUCACGUGCUGGCCUGGCACCUGGAGCAGGCCUUCAGGGACGACCGGGCCGCCUGGGCCCAGGACAAGUGUCUGCGGUGGGACCGUCAUGAGGAGACGCUGCAGAACUUCCUGGAGGAGCUGGAAGACUGUCCGUGCACGCUGGCUCAGGCCCGCGCCGACACCGGCAGAUUUCACACGGAUUACAGCUGUAACCUGGACAACGGCAGCGUGUGCACGUACCACCCUGGGAGCGUUCACUGCGUCAGAGGCAUCCGGGCCGGUCCCAGCCUUGGCUCGGGGCAGCAGUGCUGCUACGACAGCUCCGGCACUCUGGUGCUGACCGGGGACUCCGCCGGGGGCAGCACCCCCGACAGAGCCCACGACUGGGGCGCGCCUCCGUACCAGGAGCCCCCUCGCGUUCCCGGUUAUUCCCACUGGCUCUACGAUGUUCUGAGCUUCCACUACUGCUGCCUGUGGUCCGACCACUGCAACGUCUACUUCCACCAUCGGCCCUCAAGUGGAUGUCGCAGAUACCAGCCGCCGAGGGCAGGUCUGGUUUUUGGACAUCUACAUUUCAUAACAUUUGACGGCUUCAACUACACUUUCAACGGAAAAGGAGAGUAUCACCUUCUGUCCUCCAGAGACCUGAGUCUCCAGGCCAGAACGGAACGGGCCAAACUCCAGAACGGCUCUCUGGCUGCAGCCGCGCAGCUGUCAUCCGUGGCCAUGAAGGCGAGCUCCUCGGACGUGUUUGAGGUUCGCCUGGCGGACGGCCGUCUUCAGGUUCUGAGGAACCAGAAGGUUCUGCCUUUCACGGAGAACAGAUGGAUGGACCUGCGAGGCGCUUUCGUGUUUGCCCCCACCGCCCGCCACGUCUCGGUGAUGUUCUCCUGCGGCGUCGGCGUGGAGGUUCAUCUGAACGGGGGGGCGCCGGCAGCUACGGUUCUACUUCCUGCUGAGUUCUCCAACCACACCCAGGGUCUCCUUGGACUGAAGAGUGCUGACCAAUCAGGAGGCUCCGCCCCUCCGUUUGGGCGGGGGGUCUCCAUGGAGGAAAUGUUUGUUAUUGGAGCAACAUGGAACAUCUCAAAGACGUCCUCGCUCUUCACCUACGACUCGGCUCACCUUCUGGACUCGUACUAUUUCCCUCCGAGCCACGACUCUGCUUUCGUUCCCGCCUUCACGCUGCCGGAGAGACCCGACGACCCGUUGGUGGCCGACAUGAGUGCGCUGUGUGUGGGCGAAGGGGCGGAGUUCUGUACAUACGACACUCUGGUCACUCGCUCCCUCGAGAAGGGAAACGCCACGCUGGGGGCUUACCGCAGUCAUCAGACCCGCGCGUCCGCCCUGGAACCAGUGGUCUCAUGCGGUUUCCUCCCGGCCCCCACCAACGGGAAGAAGAACGGCUCUCGGUACCUGCAGGGCGACACCGUCAGCUUCUCCUGUGAUGAAGGCUACCUGCUGUUCGGGUCAGAAGAGCGCACCUGUCUGGAGGACGGGGCGUGGUCGGGGGAGGAGUCUCACUGCAUCAGAGCAGCUGAAAUCUGCAGGAUCUUCGUUCUGGAGGAACGCGGCGCUCUGGUGAACAGAAUCAGUUUAGCUGCAGAACUCUUCAGUUCUUCAAGUUUGACUAGAAACACGCCGACCAAUCGGAACAGAGGACAACGUGAGCUUCAUCCUCGGCACCGUCGGCUUCAUCUCCGCGCUGGUCGCCAUGGGAAUAAUGAUCAGACUUCAGACCAGGAAGCAAAACAGGAAGGAAAAAGACGGAGCGAUGGAGAUGGCGGCCCAAGUUGAGACUUGUUAAAUCCUCAGCGCCGUGCUGGGGGCGGAGCCUACGUAAAGCCAUGUCAACGAAUCUGUUCUACCCUGAGCCUCUGGAAACCACACACUCAGCUGCCCACUUGGACGACCUUUCCUCUCACGACCUCAGAACUUUAUCGGGAAGUUUCAGUCAUCAGGCUUUGGUGGUUUGGCCUGAAGUUUUUCCACUUGUUCAGUCUGGACAAGCUCCAGUUUGGGGUAAAUGGUGCGUGGGGUGACGACUGAGGGGAGCAGGGUGAAGGAAACAUGCAACAAUUUGUUUUCACGUCGCCGUUCAGCGUGACUGAGCGCCUGAUCUUCACUAGAAAGAGAGCUGUAUAAAUACUAUCACCAUCGCAAUCAGCACGUCUUUUUAUUCCAAACCAGCACCAGAUGUGUUCGUGCUCACGGCGAACGGGUCGUGAACCCCAACGCUGAACUCGGCUUUGUGUGGCCUUCAGUCAGACGGAGGGUUCUGCUGAGUGACGGCGCUGGACGGAGGCGGGGCUUCCCCUCUGCUGCUUCACCUCUAAACCAGGGGUCCCCAAACUAGGGCCCGCGGGCCGGAUCAGGCCCCCUCCACAUUUGGCUCUAUCAGAAACAGAGAUGGAGAACCACAGAGAACUUUUGUUUCCACCCUUCCUCAGUCUGAACUAUGAGGGGAGAGAAUAUUAUUUGGUUCAAUCGUGAUUCACUUUUUCUUUAUUUCUUUAUUAUUAUUUUUCUUUGGGUUUUUGGGGACGUCUAUAGCUCUUCAGCUCUUCAGCUCUUCAGCUCUUCAGCUCUUCAGCUCUUUCAAAUAUUCAGCU